AUGGCGGCACAAACUCCCAUCACGCCUCUGCCCCCGGGCGUGGAGAUGUUCCAGCGCGGCAAGAUGCAGUCAUUCUUCGCUGUGCGCUCCGACAAGCCUCGGCCCAUGUCCGAGGCCACCGAGAUCUUCGACACCGACUUCGAGGACGAGUCGAGCGAGUUCGAGGAGGAAGCACAAUCGCCCAAGUUCAGCUUCGAAUCCAACGACAGCAGAAAGAGCCAGACAACCAUAUCAACCUACGAUGAGGUGCCCACGCCGCACUCGAGCCGGCACUUCCAGUUCGACCUGCAGCAGCAGCUGAAGCCCGUGGACGGGCCGAGGGGACCCCAUCUCUUCCGCUCGUCCCUGUCCUCGGCCGAAUUCAACUACGAGUACGCGCUGCAGAUGUCGCCGCUGCUGCCGAAACACACGCCGCCCAGAGCCGAGACCGCCUUCCGCGCCGAGACCGCCUUCCGAGACGAGCCCACCCCAGUGCCCUUCCAGCAUGCGUACGACUACUCCGACCACGACGAUGACCACGAUCACGACGACGAUGACGAUGCCGCCGACGUGCGGUUCUGGUCGGCGCAGCAAGUUGCCGCGUGGAUGGCGAGUCUGGGCUUUGAGGAGACCAUCAUCGAGAAGUUCGAGAAGCACGACAUCACUGGCGCCGUGCUCCUCGACAUGCAGUUCGAAGAUCUGAAGGAGCUAGAAAUUUCCUCAUUCGGCAAGAGGCAUCAGCUGUGGAACCACAUCGACGCGCUCAGGGGCAACGAUGGCCGAGCCAGCCCCGUCCCCACUCCCUUCCAAGACAUCAGCCGUCCUCCCACCGGCCUCCAAGCCUCGCGCAGCAUCCGCGACAAGUCGCGCAACCGUGAGCGCUCCAAGUCGCGCCACCGACGCGGCGACUGCGAGGAUGCCAACGAGGGCGCUAUGUCGCCCGGCGGCCACCGCAAGAGGAGAGGCCGCAGGCACAGGCACGGCGACGAUGUCAUCACUCCCGCCGAGUCCGUGUCCAUCGUAGCCAUUGAGCAGCUCCUGCCAAAACCCCACAAGUGCGCCAAGGGAGAACGCUGCCACAAGUGGAGGAAACAGCAGCGCCUGUACCAGCGAUUGCAGCAAGAGCACGGCUUCCCCAUUUCGCCCGAAAAGGGGGGGCACAUCUUCAUGGCUGGAGACCCGGGCAACGCUGGCGCUGCGAACAAGGUCGUCGAGAACGUCUAUCGCCCCACUUCCGAUGCCCUGCCCUCUGUUGUGGCCUCGUCCGAUCUCCUCGGGCCUGGUCAGAUGCCUGAGUUCGUCCAGCCCACUGAAGAGUCUCUGCGCAACGUUGAAUUGCGCGAUCCGCAGGAGAAUGUCAAGCAAUUCCUGAAUCUGCAGCACGUGGAGCCGCCGCAAACGCAGCACUACGCCUUCGAGGACGAGCGUUCUACCACCCCUCCUUUGGAACUGUUCCCCCCGCUCCAGCCACCCCAAGAUACCCAGCCCGCGCACAACAACCUCAGAAAUCUACCUAAAUUGCAGAUUCCGCGCGCAAAUUCCGCACAGCCCUACUACGCCCCGCAGCAAGUCCAUCCGCCGGAGUAUGCCAACACCUUUUCGCCUUGCCGUGCGUCCAAUGCCUCGCCCGGUCUCUACCGAUUCGGUACUCCUGCGUCUGAGAUGGACGUCCCGGUCACCCAUGUCAGUCUGGGACCCGUCUCGCGUGACGCGAGCCAGUCCGUACCCCCGAGCAUGCAGUAUCGUGAUCCCGUCCAGCGCACCAGCAACCUGUCGCGCGCCGCUGAUUGGCAACGACCAUCCUUCGCCUUGCCGCCGGUGCAUGAGGGCGAAGUGUUUAGCCCUUCGUCCGAUCCAGAGUACUCGGCGACGACUCUGCAAGGCAGCGCCGAUGCGUCUCACGCGCCCCAUGAUCGCCAGCGGGCAAAGCAUUCCGUAGCUUCAUCUUCUGCUUCGGACAACUUGAAGCAACACUUGCUGGCACGUUAUGAGGCGCAGCAUGCACACGCACACCCCCAAUAUGCGGGCGUCAACCACCAUGGUUGGAUGAAGAAGCGCCGCACUCGCCUGUUGCGGCACGAAUGGCAAGAUCAACACUUCCGUCUGACCGGCACCCAGCUCGCCAUGCACGCCUCUGACGUACCUGAAGCCAUGGCGCUUAACACCAUCGACGUGCAUGAAUACGCCGUCGGUUGCAGCUCGCUCGCGUCUAACAAACUAGCUGCCAAGCUCAGAGGCCUCAAGCUAGCCAACAAGAAGGAGGGCGAAGGCAGCGGCCCACCAGAUGCUGCCUUUACUUUCCAGCUUGUGCCGACCGGCCCGCCCGACGCAGACAAGCGCGUCGUUAAAAAGGCGGUCGCCCACGGCAAGACUCACCACUUUGCGGUCAAGACACGCGACGAGCGGAUUGACUGGAUGCGUGAGCUGAUGCUUGCCAAGGCACUGAAAGCCAAGGGCGAGGGCUACGAGGUCGAGGUCAACGGUAACGCCAUCUAA